AUGAUUUGCAUCGGCAUCCCCAUUUGCCGACCUCUUUACAAACAAUAUCUCGAUAAGUUGACCUCGCGCGACGCCAGCAAAUAUCAGGAACAAAGCGAUGGCCGAUCGCACCCGUUGAAGACAUUUGGUGCUAGUACAUUACGCCCAGGUCAGAUCAAUAAGGAUGAUAGUUCAGACGGGGACUCUAUCAAGGAAACGGAAAGGAAGCUAGGUAUUCGUGGCCUAUUCAACAAGGCAAGGGCAUAUGCCAUGCAUGAUGAACGGGUUUGUGACGAUAACCAGAGUGACGAGCAAAUCCUAGGCCCUGAGGUUUGCCAAAGUCAUCAGAAUGAUCGCGAAGCGCUGGAUAAGGGUAUUAUGGUGACGUAUGAAGUCACGACAUCACGACGAGACAUAGAGUCGUCGCAUUACUAA